AAAGGCUACAAAUGGAAAACGCAGCUGAAUGGGGAAAGCGUGAACGUUUGGAAUCAGAAAAAAUUUGUUUAGAACGUGAAAAUAAGCAGAUGCGAAAUGAAUUGCGAGACUUGCAACAGAGGAUAGAUUUACGAAGAGUACGACCUGUUUCUACAUCUGAUGCGGAUUCGAGAAUUCUACAACAAGAGCUGUUGGAUAGGAAUAAGGAAUUAGUAGAGCUUAAACAUUCCUAUGCAAAGCUGAAAAAGAUGUUUGGAGAUAAGACGACAGAAUUGUUGCAUGCGAUCAGAAGAUCUGAGCAAUACGAGACAGAAGUAAAAAGAGUUCGGUCAAGAGUGGAGGAAUUAAAGAAAGAGUUAGCAACUGUUCAAGAUGAAGUAGACGCUGCGACAAAUAGCGUUCGGAAACUGCAAAGAACUAAUGAAAGUCUUGUUGAGCAGCUGGAGACAGCAAAUGUACAAUUGGAACAUAUGAAAAACAGACUUAUAUCUUUAAACAAUUCGGAAAGUAGUGCCCCUGAUGUAGUGGCUGAAAUAAUGGAUGACAAAACCCGUGAGGAUGAAGAAGAUGACGAAUCUGAAGACUCGAGAGAAGAAGCUUUACCAUUCUGCCACAAAGUAUAAAGAUAUUUUAGAAGACACCGCGGUGUUCAGAAAAUUCACAUGCUUUUGUUUUCUAAGAGAAAUAACGCUUUAGUACCUGUGUACUGUAAGGUAAUUCGGAAUCAAAAGUAAAUGUUCCUUACUACUCAUUAAGCGAAAAUAGUUAACUAAACUGUUAAAUGAUUUCUUGAAUACGUACAUAAGCAGUACGUAGUCAUAUAAGAAUUUCGUUAACGUUGUAUGUGUCGUUUUAGACAUUAUCGGAGAUUAUUACGAUUAAGUAUCUUGAAUACUGCCAUGACUGAUGAAAGCCGUGUUGAUCAAAACUCUCGACGUUAUAAUGCUUGUUUUGCAGUUGAGAUAUUCCGUAUUAUCAGCUAAGGUACUUAUUUAUUAUAGAUUUAUUAUAGAUUUUUGUUAUUUUUUAAACGGCAUAAUUAGAAGAAAUAUUUUCUUUGAUUUUACAUCAAUUUUUUUGAUAAUUUUUUUUAUUUUUCUAUCCGCUUUUUGCGGAAAAUUUUAGGAAUAAGUUCUUUAGGAUUAAGAAUUUGUGCAAUGCAAAUUAGUAAAGGAAGUACGUUAUUAUGUUGUUGAAAACGUAGUGCAGAAAGAAAUCAGAUAAAACUGUUUUUCUGUAUUUUUAAUAUGUAAGUUCCUCUUGUCAAUACACUGCGUAUAAAAUACGCUAAAUGAAUAAUAAAAGGCGUAUUUAACGCAACCAUGAAGGGCCUCGAUCACACUCUUAUGAGGAAUGAAAAUCAUUCGAUCAUUUAUCAUUUUAUUCAUCGGAGAGGUGUACGAAC